AUGAGCUUUCAGAACUCGGGUCACCAAACCCCACCACACAUAGAAAACAACCUUUUACCACCAUAUUUUUCCCUUCAACACCAAACCGACAUUAAUACUGCCAUUUUACAGCCACCCGGACAGGGUGGCGAUUCAAGUGGAGAUGAAAGUCUAACGACACCCAAUGCAACACAUUCCAGAUUAGGUAGCCUCUCUAGAUUGGAUGCACCUGCAGGGGCGCCAUUUUGGGGCAAUUUUUCUCCUACACCUGGUACUCGGACCCCAUUAAUGCCAGAAUGUUGUUGCGGUAGAGAGAAUUGCUCCAAGUUACAAGUGUUUGUUCAAAAUACUCGCUCUUUAGAAGAGGAACUGAGACUAGCUGCUGAGGUCGGGCAAGCACUUUUGCAAAAGCAUGAACUUUAUCAGAAAGAAAUGGAAGAAUUUCAACAAGCAUUAGAGCAUCAGUGCGCUCGUGCUCAACAAGAAGUUCAAGAACUUGAAGAUCUAGUUCGUGAACUGCAACAAGACCAAAAAAAUAUGCUUCGCGAACGGGAAGAUUCACAAAGAGAAAAAAACGAAUUGUUGGAAAUAGUGCAUGAAUUGGAACAAACUCAACUUUCAUUAGAACGUCAAAUCGAUGAUGCUCAACGGCAAAAAAGUUUAGUUGAAAGGAAAAAUGAUUCACUUGCCGCUGCACUUGAAGCAAGUGAUGUUAGAUUACGUGAGCUUGUCAAAGAGUUGGAAAAACGUGAUAACGAAGUCAAACGAUUAACAGCCAAUAAUAUCAAGGGGGAACAUAGUGAAGAGAGAGAAGAAGAUCUACGGAGACAAAUGGAAGAUCUUAAACAGGAGCUUACAGUAGCUCGCAAAGCUGAAAGUGCUGCUGAAGCUCGAGUUCAUAACCUUCAUAGUGCUCAUGAAAAACUGAAACGUGAGCAAAAUGAUAGUUUACGAUCUAAAGGAAAACUUGAGGCUGUAGCAAUGUUACGCGAGUCUAAUGAACGGCUAAAAGACGAAUUUAAAUCCUCGUCAAACAAUGAAGCCAAUACCCACUUAAUAACUCUUAUUAAAGAAUUAUCAUCGGCCAAUAACAAAUUAAAAUCAGAAAUUUUGGAAUAUCGCGAGCUCUUAACUGAAUCACGUAACGAAGUAAGCACCUUACAAAAUCGAAUCGAGGAACUGGAAACUGCUAGCGCAACUGGUUACACUCCUUAUCCGGCCAGUUACACAAGUACUACUUUCGCACCACCCUUAAAUAAUAAAGGUAUACCUGUUCAGGUGAUUGAUGAGGUUGAGAGUAAUAAUGGUGAAGAAUCCCCAGUUACAGCAGUAUUCAUGGAAGAAGGUGGAGAUGGUGUUAGUGGUAAUAUCAGUGGAAUACCUGCACGUUCAAUUCAUGCUCGUAUCUCACCAAGUGCUGUUUCUUCUUCAUUUGGUGGUGCAGCCUCAAUCAAUACCUUUAAUAGUAUGGGUGUGGAUCCUUCAGUUGCCUCUCCCGCUGGGUCAUUAGUUUCGACAUCAAUGCUAUCUAGCUCAAAUCCAUUGCAUUACCAUCAUCAUUAUCAUCAUUACCAUCAUUAUCCUGCGGAAAAUGUCGAUAUUGUGCGGGGAAGUGUCUUUGGCGAAUUAGAGAAAUAUAUAUUGAAGAAAACUAAACCACGAGGUGCUCGAAGACCCGGACGUGGAGCUCUUAAGAAAGGGAAAAAAAGAUUUGUCGAGAUUGGUGAAGGAGAAGAAGAGGAGCUUAUUAAUAAUGAAAAUCCUGAGGGUAAAGAAGUUCAGGGAGAAAAUCCGCCCACGAAAACUAGCAAAAAAUCGGGAGAUUCGGAAUCGGAGUCUGAUGAUAUAGCUUUUUCUGAUGAAUCGGAUGAAGAAAGGGUGACUGGGGAGGAGAGGGAAGACGACGAAGUAGUUGGUCAGAUUUCUCCAAACCCGACUAUAAAGUCCAAUGUGAAGACGACGAAGGAUAACAAAGAAACAACUGCUGACUUUAACAAGAAUAAUAUUUCAACAAUUUCAAUGCAAGAACAAAAUUCAAACAAUCAAAAAAGAAAUAAUGUUUCACUAUUAUCUGCCGGACUUAAAAAAGAUGUAGCAGCAAAUGAUCGAAAAUCAAUCGCAACAGUAUCAACAGCAACUUCUAAGCAACAUAAACCAAAUCAAUCAUCACCUUUGACGUAUCAUCGACGUCCAACGUCAGGAGUGCCUAGUUCAUUAUCAGUUAAAGCUUCUCAAUCAUCAGGGACACCGACAUUGAAAUCCAAAUCUACUGCUAAACCAGCGAUUCCAGCUUUCAAGAAUCCUAAAUUUGCAACUUUGGGUCCCAAAGAACAAAAAACCCGAAUGGAUUUGUCAAGCUCACCCAUAAAAGACUUUGUAGAGGAAGUACUCGUGGAUGAAGCUAAUUUAUCAGCUGCAGAAGCAGCAGCACUUGCAAAUGAAGUUGAACACGGAUUAUCAUCUCGCUCUCAUACAUCUACAGCAACUCGACAUACAUCAAUUCAUCCUCCCGCAAUAAUACAUCAAAGUCCAUAUCAAUCGCUUUUCAAUCUAGUCAGUAAUUUGAUGGACCGUCUUAAGGGCACUGAUAUAUUGGCCUUGAACCGACGUCUAAAAAGACAGUUUGACAUGUCAGAAUUAUCAAACCUGAGUAAUAAUUUAAUUGAGAAUAUUCUGGCAGAUGUUGAGAAUCUAAGAGAACGGUUUAGAUGGGUGGAAGAUUUACGAGGAAAUGAAAAUGAAAAAUCAUCAGAUGAGAAAGAUGGAAAUACCGAUGAUUAUUGUGCAUCUGAAGAUAAUAAAAAGAGUGGAAGUAAAAAUCGGGAUAUCUUUAGAUUUUCAACCGAGGAAUUUUUGCCGCUUACCCAUCUUAUGCAAGAUUUAUUGGCUGAAGUGGGUAAACUGCGUAUUAUGGUUAACGAUGUUCAAGUUUCUUAUGUACAAAAAGUGGAAGAGAGUCGAAGGAAAGCUGAAGAAGAAUUCGAUAAAAGUUUAAUGAGUGGUCGAGGAGAUGAUGAAAUCUUGGAACGAAAAGAUAAACGAAGAAAUAGGCAAAGUCAAGGAAGUGAAGGUGGAAUUGGAGCGUAUUUAAGUCGAGUAUUCGGAAGUGCUAAAGGAGUUCAAUCUCCACCAAAUUCUGCGCGUCAUCAUAGUCGGCGUAUGUCUGUAGAUUUUUCACAUGAUCGAGAUGUGUCAAUUGGAAGUAUUGAUACAUUUGCAGAAGAAUCAUAUUAUCCAGAUCGUAAUUUGGAAACGUUUACUAGCGCUAGUGGUAGCCAUAGUGCACCAAAUACAUUAAGAGUUAAAAAACGGCGAGAGAGUAUGGAAUCGGUUGGAUCAAUCUUUAGAAGAAGCGUUGCUUCUUUUUUUGGAGGUGGAGGAGGGGUGACGGCGGAGAAUACCAGCGGCAAUAUUCCAGUAACAGUAUACGAAACCAAAGAAGAGGAAAUAGAGAAGACUGGUACUUGUAUGGAAAGAGAAAGUGGGAGAAAAAACUUGGAUACUUUAACUCUUCUGGGUCGGAAUAAUAGUGAAUAUCAACAGAAAAAACGUGCAAUUUUAUUAUCUUCGCCGCCGCCUCCGCCUAAAUUAACAACCACGCCCAGACAAAUAAGAACAUCUCCAAGUAAUAGUAAUUUAGAAAAUCGAUUGCGACAACAUUUAGCCAUAGCUGCCGUCGCUUCACCGUCUCAACCAUCUUCAAGAAAUCUGAAUUCAACAGCGGUGAGAGGAAAUGAAGAAUUGGAAAGUUUCAAAUAUUUUCGAAAAAUUGUUUGGUAA